GGAGGGGAGGAGGCUCUCACACUCCUGGCCUGGCCUCCCCAGCUGAUCGGAAACUCCCGCACAGCCUCAGCCCAGCAACAUGACCUCCUGCACCGGCUCAUCCUACCCUGCGGGCAGCAUCCGGAGCCUUGGAGCAAGAUGUGUCCCCAUCGCCUGCUCUGAGGUCGGCGUCCAGUACGGGCCAGAGGGCGACACCGCCCCCAUGUGCCUCUCGGCCACCGUGGCGCACUCCAACCGGGUCCGCGUGGGGAACACCCCGCUGGGCAGACCCAGCCUCUGUCUGCCCCAAAGCUGCCGGACGGCCUGUCCCUUGCCCGGGACCUGCCACAUUCCCGGCAACGUGGGCAUCUGCGGGGCCUACGGGGAGGUGACCCUGAACGGGCACGAGAAGGAGACCAUGCAGUUCCUGAACGACCGCCUGGCCAACUACCUGGAGAAGGUGCGGCAGCUGGAGCGCGAGAACGCGGAGCUGGAGACCACCAUCCGGGAGACGAGCAAGUGCCACGAGACCAGCGUGUGCCCGGACUACCAGUCCUACUUCCGCACCAUCGAGGAGCUCCAGCAGAAGAUCCUGUGCACCAAGGCUGAGAAUGCCAGGAUUGUCAUACAGAUCGACAACGCCAAGCUGGCCGCGGAUGACUUCAGAAUCAAGCACGAGAGCGAGCGCUCCCUGCGCCAGCUGGUGGAGGCGGACAUGUGUGGGAUGCACAAACUCAUGGACGACCUGAGCUUGGCCAAGGCCGACCUGGAGGCCCAGCAGGAGUCCCUGAAGGAGGAGCAGCUGAGCCUCAAGAGCAACCACGAGCAGGAAGUGAACACCCUGAGGUGUCAGCUUGGGGACAAGCUGCGCAUUGAGCUGGACACUGAGCCCACCAUCGACCUGAGCAGGGUGCUGGAGGAGAUGCGGUGCCAGUACGAGGCCAUGGUGGAGACCAACCGCAAGGACGUGGAGCAGUGGUUCCAGGCGCAGUCUGAAGGCAUCAGCCUGCAGGCCAUGUCCUGCUCCGAGGAGCUGCAGUGCUGCCAGUCGGAGAUCCUGGAGCUGCGAUGCAAGGUGAACGCCCUGGAGGUGGAGCGCGAAGCCCAGCACAACCUGAAGGACUGCCUGCAGAACUCCCUGUGCGAGGCCGAGGCCCGCUUCGGCACCGAGCUGGCCCAGAUGCAGAUCCUCAUCAGCAACGUGGAGGAGCAGCUCUCCGAGAUCCGGGCGGACCUGGAGCGGCAGAACCAGGAGUACCAGGUGCUGCUGGACGUCAAGGCCCGGCUGGAGUCGGAGAUCAACACGUACCGGAGCCUGCUGGAGAGCGAGGACUGCAAACUCCCCUGUAAUCCGUGCUCCACCCCGCCCACCUAUGUGGCUCCGGCGUCCACCCCUCGUCCGAGCUGUGUCCCCCGCAGUGCCUGUGGGCCCGGUUCAGUCUGUGGAGUGAGCACUGGGAGCAGAUUUUGAAGACAUAGAGAGCAGCAGGGCUUGGUUCAGGCUAGGGGUUGCCCAAAGGAAAAACCGCUUGUGAUAUGUUUAGGAAAUCUGGCUUCUGCCUAUCGCUGAGUUUCUGUGCACAUCGUCUUGUCCUGCGGGACACCAGGAAAUGUGGCGUCUUCCUGUAGAUCCUUGCUUCUCAGCUCCUGCUUUGAGCUCCGUGCCCUGGGCGGCUGGGCUGCCGUCACCUGCAUGGCUCGGGCUGCCCAUCCUGGGAGACUGAGCCUGGCAAUCAGCUUGCAGAGAUGUGCCAGGCUGGAGACAGGCAUGACUUGAAGGCGUAUUUGCAUUUCAAGGACAUCUGUUUUAACUUGAGAUUUUUAUAGCUCGUGACGCAGGAAGUGAGGAGUGGACAUCACUGCCUGGAUUUGUCCACACUCAUUGGCUUGUUCCCGACAUCUCCAGGCCCCGAUUAGAGCCCCUGGGAGGGGGAAAUAGAACCUGACUCUGACCUCUCCUCUCCUCCCUCCUUUAUCCUUGAAGUUGGCCAAGUGGGAACUUCCGUCCUAGCACAUCCUGAGUGCUCUCCACGUACAGGGCUGCUCUCUUUGGAAAGAACACACCAGGCUGUUCUCCUCUAGGGCGGCACGGACUCUGACUGUGCAGAGAGAAUCUAAGGUGCAAGGCGAUCUCUUUUCUUUCUCUGUGACUGCUGACUCUCAGACUGUUGUCUGGCUAUGACCCCUCCCUGCAUCCAAUUUUACAGCCAAAUUUGAACAAGGACCACAUCCCACUCUGCCCUCCGCCCACCCCCAGCAGUAGUUCCUGAACUACUGAGCCCUGCUGAGCCCACGGGUUGAGAGACUGGCUGGGCGUGACAGUUUGAAGGAAAACAAACCACUAGGGUAUUUUCACCAUCUUUACACCUGCUCGUACCUGCUCCAUGCUGCCCGCUGCUCACCACCCUCCAGCCACAGUGGACUUCCUGUCUCUUGGACCCCCGGAGGCCUGUUCUUCCCCCUCUCUGGAAUGCUCUCCCCACUCCUUCCUGUUGUCCGGGUCUCAGCUGCAGCGCCGCCGCCUCCGAGAGCUCCUGCUUGACCCCCACACUCCCUGUCCUGCUUCUUAGCUGAAGGCCACGCAUUGACCCACUGUUUCCCCCAUGAAAAUGUUUGCUGCUGCAUCCCCAGAGUCUAGCCCACUGCUUGGUACACAGUAGAAUCUCAAUAAAUGCUUGUUGAAAGAAUGAAA